GCUGCCAGGAGGCAAACUGAAACAACAGCUGGCAGAGAUGUCGAAGUCGGCAUGCACGGGCGUCCUUAAGCCAGUGCCCAUCUACCAGAAGCUAAUGGUCGAGAACCUGACCAUCGUUCAUCCCCCCCUCCUAAAGAUUUACUACUGGGAGAGCUUUGAUAUUUCGGGCUGGAACAAGAAACUAAAAUCGAAUCGACAGGAACAUGAGCACACAAUUGCCCUGCCCAUACGACACAUCAAGAGUCCGCCCCAGAAAAUCAUCUUUUGGCUGCGAAAUCUCUCCGCAAAGCCGUUGACGCUUACACUAAAGCGCCUACAGAACUGCGGCUGUCGGCCCGUGCAGACACGCGUGGGCUUCAAUCAGUUUCGGCAGCUCUUCCACUGCAAACAUCGCAAAUUGUUGCACCUGCACCAGGAGGUGCUCACCAUCAAGCCCGACGAAGUGCUGGCCCUGUCAAUGACGGCAUAUUUUCUGAUCUAUGGCAUGCAUUUGCUCACCUACGAAGUGCACACGGAUGACAAUCGCAAAUUCCUGUGGCACUUUAAGCUAGAAAUCUCCGAAUUGGACCCCGAAAAGUGCCUGCUGACCAAGGAGCUGCUGCCUGUGAAUAUCAAGAAUUACUACCACGUCACACAGCCCAUUUGGGUGCAGAAUUUCACCAAUAUGCAUCUCAACUUUUCGUUCUCCACGCGCGACCGUGGCCUGAAGCUGCUCAACACGACUCUCACGGUGCCGCGGCAGAGUGUGUGGCCCCUGUUGGUGGACUACCGUCCCAUGGACUAUGAGAAUGAGGUGGAAGUCAUGCUGGGCUAUGAGAGCGCUAAGGCCUGGUACAAGAUCAAGGGACGCGGUGUCCUAGCCGAUGAGGAGGAGCAAACGGAUAUGCCGCUCAAGGAUCGCGAAUGCGCUGAUUUUCUCUACGUUAUUUAUCCCAAUCGGGUGACCUUUACCGUCUGCAUGAAGGAGGAUCGCACGCAGCUGGUGAAUGUCCACAAUCAUGGCCAAAAGUGUGUCGAAUUCCGCUGGCAAAACUACAUCAUCAGCGACUUCUUUGCGGUGACAUUCACGCCGUCCGUGUUCCGCCUCAAGGGCCACCACUCGAAGUUGGUGGAGGUUAAAGUCACGGCCUACGAUCGCUUGGUCAACUUUCGCCGCAUUCCCAUCGUCCUGGAGGUGCACCGCAUCCUCGAUCAGGCCACGCUGAUCGCCAAGCGCGAGCUGGAGGAGAUCGAGUCCAUAGACGACCCCAAAUGGAAGGAGGAUAGCUACAUAAUGCACUCGUAUCUCCAUCUCAACUUACGGUCGACCCUCAAGAGCACCCACGAAACCGAGGACAAUCCCGACGAGGCGGCAGACACAACAGCCGAACGCUCGCCCUGCGGCGGCACGCACACUGACAGAAACACCGAGGCAGCGGGCGACAGCCCGGCCAUUGAGGAGCAGCACAGGGAGACAGAGCGCCGUGAGCUGGUCAAGCGGCUGGCUGCCAAGCAAAAGCUUACACCAAACGAAAUCAUCGAGCUGACUUUGGCCAUCGAUCAUCGCAACACCAUCUUCGAGACGCUCUUUUGGAAGUAUCUCAGCAAAUCGAACUUUAUGCGCAUCUUCUCCGACCGCAAGCGCCACAAGCACACCAAAACCUACGAGGAGGUGGUGUCCGUCAAGACGGAAUCUCCGUUAGAGCCUGGCGCUGUUGGUGAUCGCAAUACCAUUAUGGAAAUUCUAUCGCGACUCAUGCAGGAAUCCAUCAAUGAUUUGGCCAAGAACUGGGUCUUCAUUCCCUCGCAGUACUACGAGCGCAAUAUUUAAGUGUUUCAUUUGUUUCGUCUAUAAAAUGCAUUGCAUCAGCAUUUCCACGCCUUGUU